UAUCUUUUGGCACACUUUCUACAGUCACACUGCGCGUCCAACACAUUUUUUUAUUAAAUCCCGAAUUUGUUGUACAUUUUUAACCAAAAAAGCCAAGAAAAAUGCCUGCCGUGGUGCGUAUUAAGCGGCGGAUUGACGAAGAACCACACACGGCCUUUGUGCUAAAUGGCAAACGCCGACGACUGCACAACGAUGAGAAUUCAUUGGGCACGGCACAAGUGCCGCUGGGGGCGGCAGCCGACACCGACGCUGCGGACAAAGACGAGCUGACGACCGUGCUGAAAUUUGCCGGCACGCUGGCCAAGCAGGACGACAGUGCCACAAAACAAUUUGCAGCGGCGCGUCUGAACAAAGCGACGGCCAAGGAGCUGGUGCAACAGAAAUCCAAUGAUGCGGCCAUUGCUAGUGCACUGCGCAGGGACAGGCAACGGCUGGCGGCACAACAAACCACACGCGAGCAACGUUUCCGCGUGGUCAACUGUUUGAGGACCACACUCGAGGACAUCAAUGAGAGCGAAGGUGCGGCAGGCGGAGGCGGCGGCAGCAGCAACACAGAUGACGCUGCCGCACAGAUAACAAUUCUGGACAUUGAAUCACAGCAGCAGCAGCGAGCGGGAGGGACAACAGCAGGACAGCUGGCAGCGGACGAGCAACUGCAGCCUGGAGGCGGAGUCCCCCAGCAGCAGCAGGAUCAACAGCAACCCGCCGAUUCGGAUAUUGGCUAUGUCUACGAUUUAUAUGUGCCCGAGAAUGAGAUGCAGGCGGCCUAUGUCGAUAUGAUGGAUGACAAUUAUCUAAGGUUGUAUUAUCCGUUUAAUUACUACUACACCUGCUACUGGUAGGACACAGAGCGAGAGAGAGAGAGGCAGAGCUGAGAGAGACAGCCGUGCCACAGAGACAGAGCAGAGAUACAGCCUUGCGACAGAGACAAAGCAGAGCAGAGACACAGCCUUGCCACACAGAGAGAGAGAGCGAGAGACAUAGCCCCCCAGAACCCAACCCAAAGAAAGGACUGCACUGCCACACACAGGCCCACACGCCCUAAGGGGGCGCCCCACUAAUAUGACAUAAAACUGUUUAGGAUUCUAUCGAUUGAUUGGUUUAUAAUUCAUUAGAAAUAUGAUAGAUGAUAGAUAUAAAUACGUAUGUACGAAUGGUACAAUCUGAGCAGCAGAAACGGCAGUAGCAUGUCAAAUGCUUAGCUGAUUAUAAUGAUUAUGGAUAGUACAUACAUAUGUACAUACAUGUAAAUGUAUAGGCAAAUGGAUCUAUGUAUAAGGAAACAGAGUCUGCUUGAUCUUCAAACAUCUAAAAGUCAAAGUUUCAGAGGCAGACUACUGCUUGAACUGCUUGAAAACUUAACAAGAAAAUGCAACCCUGUUGAAAGAAACCAACUGAAACUUACAAGAUGAAGAAAUCUUUAAGAAGGAAAUGCAUUUAUUACGGCAAAAUAAUCUGCUUGCUGAAAACCAUCAUCAAAACAUUUAUAGAUAAAUUCUAUCAGGGAGAGAUGCAACUAUUUUGAAAGGAAAACAACUUGAUUAGAGAAGACGAAGGAGAACAACUUGUUCCUAAAAUCAAAUCAAGCAGUAAAUGAGAUGAGGUCAAAGGAAAACUCCUGGAUCUUAUAAUAAGAUGAGGGAAAUGCAUCUAAAAUCUACUCCUUAAUCACAAAACUACUACUGGGAGGAAAAAGUUCAAGCUAAAGAAAGAUACAAUAGCUGACAAAUUAUAAAACAAAAGAUCCCAUGAUAUUUCUUAAGAUUACAAUAAUAUUUAUGUGGAAAAUUAUUAUAAAAUAUAAAACAAAACUACAAUUAUACAUAGAUCCCUGUACCCCUUGAGCAAUGGAGUUUUCCAUAAAGCACUUCCCAAAGUAUAUUGCUAAAUAGAAAGACGAAAAGUACAUACAUAUGUACGUCUAAGAUAUUUAGAGAAAAAAAACCCUACAUUUUUGUAUCUAUAAGAAAGAGAUGCAUAUUGAUCGAUUGCGGAUACCUUGUUCCAGAGAAGAGGUAAACUAAAUUGCUAGAAUGCAAAAAGUAGUGUCCCAAGGCAAGCAUAAAGCUAACAAAAAUAAACAAAACAAUAAAAUUUGAGUAAAGUGCAAUCUUUAAGAGAAAGUUGCAUCUAUUGAGUGUAAAGAAAAUGUGCUAGAAUGCACAUACCAUGCCCAAAGUAUCGCUGUAAAGGAGAAGCCUAAAGCUAAGCUAAGAUAUUGCAUAGAAAAUCCCAUAAAGAACCCCUAAAUGUAGUGCCAAAGUUAAACGGCAAACAUCAUUCUUCUAUCAUUAUCUAUCACAAUUAUUACUUAUAAUAACCAAUGUAGAACAAUCUGUUUUUGAAAGCCAUUUUAGUGCCUGAAAAAGAUGAUAAAGGAAAACAAUUUCUACACUGGAUUCACCUACUGCCCUCUGCCCAAUCAAUCGUAUGAACCAAUCAAUCGGUAGAGCAUUAAGCCCUAAGCCAUUUCUAGCAUAAGUUCUUUCGAUUUUGUAUAGCUUUUAGUUACUAUAUCUUACACACACACACACCUCCAUACGCACACCACACAUACCAGUUUGUCAGUGUUUCUCAUUAAUUUCUGCCAGUUCUCCGCCCUGCCAGUGGUCUUUUAUUCGUUUUGUUUCGUUCUUGUUCCUUUCAUUCCACACUAAACAAAAACAUUUAACACAAAAACCCAAGAAGUCAGAGCCCGUAAACCGAGAACAUUUCAUGUGCUAAAGUCUAAUUAAGUGCAUAGUUUUUAGUGUUGGUUGGGGUCUAGAGCUGCCCCCGUGAUUACACAAAACAAAUAAAUAAACUGAAUAAAUAAAUCAAAUACAAAACUUAAAA